AGAUAGCAGAGGUGGAGAGACAGUGAUUACAGAGAGAGAGAAAGAGAGCGAGGGAGAGACGAAGUCACAUACACACGUACGCACGCCGUGGUAGCCGCCGAUGAGAUUCGGCGAUGACGGUGGAGGCGGCGGUGGCUGUACACUCCGCGUUUCGCGUGAGAUAAGAAAGAGAGAGAGAGAGAGAGAGAGAAAGAGAGAGAAAGAGAGAGAAAAAGAGAAAGGGAGAGACAACGUCAAACUUUAUCACGAAAGCAGCAUGACGCGCGACGGGGAUGCAAGCAUCGUGCAACGACGGGUGAGAGAAACGACAACGGGGACGGGAACGGGGAUGGAGAUGACGACGGGAACGACGACGACGACGACGACGAUGACGACGACGACGACGACGACGACGACGACGACGACGACGACGACGACGACAACGGGUACACACGCGCGACACCACCGACACUCGAUGACGUCAUACCACCGGCGGCAACAUGGAGCCCACCGACAGUUCCUCCAGCCGAUCAAGAUGACGCCGUCACUUUACGUCUCGCGAAUAAAUCAGAUCGAUGCUGCUCAAUUGGACGGUGAAAUUUAUAAGAUGCUAAGGAAUCAAACCAAAGAGAUCGCUAAAUACUGCACGCCCGGUAAAAUCGACAAAUGGCAAGCGGAAGUGGACGCCGUUCUGAAAUUUCUCAUCUGGAAAUUCUCAUUACAACGAGGCUCUUCUACUUUCGGCCAGCGGCUUCUCAAUCUGCACUAUGCCAACAUCAAUCAAAGGAAAGCUAUACUUUACUUAAUCCUAAAUGUCGUACCUCAGUACUUGAAAGAUAAAUUGGCCUACGAGAACCUGUCCGAACGUGGUGCGUUCGCUCGAGCGCUAAAGUCGCUCGUCGAUUGGAUGACGAACGCGAUCAAUCUCCUGGAGUUCGUCAAUCUACUCCUCUUUCUCCAUCGGGGUAUAAAACCGCACGUGAUAGAACUUCUGCUUGAUUUAUCCAGUCAGUCGAUAACGACACAUCGACCCAGAAUCAUCGGUUACUCGUACAUGACAAGAGAAUUGCUUUGGCAUGGUCUGAUGGAGCUCUUCACAAUCGGUAUACCUAUGAUAAAUCUCCACUACUUGAAGCACGUAAUGACGAGACUGUGGCGACAACCGAAACCAUCGAUUGAGUUGUUGCCAGUGAUGAAUGCCGCAACCAAGUGCGCUUACUGCUAUGAAGAUCCGAUUCUGCCAUCGCAUGCCGGCUGCGAACACUUGUUCUGUUAUUACUGCCUGCAAGCGCACUUUACCGCAAUGAGCAAAUUCCAAUGUCCCAAAUGCAACGCGGAACUUCAUGCCGAAGAUAUGAAAAGAUAUACAAUCGCGAGCGCGUCUUGGAGCGACGAUGAGGAAUCAGACGAUAGCUUCGAGAGAGUGGACGAUGGAUAACGCGAACGUAUGUAUAUUUCCAGUUUUAUCAAAAUUAAAAGUGAUUCGAUGUUCGAAGUGAUGUUAUUGUGAUGAACGAGUUAUAUGUCUGGACUUUCAGUCUUAAGCACUGUUUUUACAAGUGAAAAUGAUUUUUAUUAUUAUGUGAUAACUUGUUGAUUUUUUUUCCACAAAGAGAAAGAUUUCCUGCAACGACCAAAGUAAUUAAAUAAAAUAAUAGUGAUUCGUUGCAACACACAGCGAAUAGAAUAAGU